AUGGCUAAGACAGUCCUCCAUGAGUGGGGACAUUUGCGCUGGGGUUUGUUUGACGAGUAUCCGGUGGACGAAAACGAUGCUCACUUUUACCACGAUUCCAUAUCUGGGGAGAUAGAAAGCGUGCGCUGUUCCCGUGGAGUGAUGGGAAGGGGGUAUAAGAUAGUUAACGACAACAUUAUAUGGAGUUGUUCCUUGGAUAAAAACACCAGCCUGCCAGAGAGAAUUUGCAGGUUCGCCCCUUCUGUCUCUGCCAAUGAAGGGACUGCCUCUCUCAUGUCCUACCAUUUCGUGAAUUCGGUUAUCGAGUUCUGUGACAAUGAUGAACAAGCACAUGCACUUGACCUACAUAACGACCAGGCCCCUAACAGGCAGAAUAGACUCUGUGGUGGCAGGAGUGCCUGGGAAGUCAUGAGAGAGCACGAAGAUUUUAGGAACAAUAAUAAUCCUCCUGUACAAGGUUAUAUAGAUACAACUCCUACUUUCAAAGUGGUUCAACAGCAACUCAAGAGAUAUGUACUGGUUCUCGACGUAUCCGGAAGUAUGGCGUCGAACAACAAAUUAGUUAACUUGAAAAAAGCUUGUGUUGGAUUCCUGCAGACCACCGUUGAUGAAGGCAGUCAAGUAGGCAUAGUAACAUUUAAUUCUGUAGCCGCCACGUUGAAGAGACUGACGACGGUGAACUCGGAAGCGGUGAGGAAUCAGCUGACAACUCUUGUAUAUGGUCUUGUUGCCAAUGGAGGCACUUGUAUUGGCUGUGGUCUUCACAGAGGCAUUCAGGUAUGCUGA